AUCUGAUUUUGUUGUUACUUGCAAAACAGUACUUGGUUAUGAUUUGAGCAAGAUACAUUGAUCCCAGAUCUGCGUUUAUCGGCAACCUCCGUGUGCUGGCGACCACGUGUCUGUGCGCUGACCAAUGGCAACGCUCCUAGCUAUAGCUGAACGAAGCCAUGUGAGGAUCUGUAAAAUGGCGGCGCAGUGGCGUGGAAAAGAUGAGCUUAUAAUCACCGGCAAUACGGAAUUUCUGACCGCAAACACAUUCAAUGAGGCUGUCCUGGGUAAAGGGGAAGUCAGUGAUCUGGACAUGGACACGCACUCCUGCCUGGACCCUUCCAUCCUGGCAAUGUUUGAAGACUCCGCCGUAGCUGUAGAGACUAGGAGCAGACUGGAUGAGGAGAGUGAGUCCACGUUGUUGACGGCUCUAACAGAGAUCCUGGACAGUGUUGACGAUGAGACCCUGUCUCCCUUUGACACCCUGCCUGACACUGGGCUCUUCUCUGACCAGAGGCUACGGGACAACUCCCCGUUGAGGCGGCUGCUGAGUUUAACACGGUCUCCACCUGAUAAAGAAGCACUCUUUCGUUCCAUAAAGACCCCCUCUUCAUCUUCAUCCCCCUCUUCAUCUGUUGGAAAGGUUGAGACGGUCAUUCCAGACAGACCCUGGAGGACUAGGCUAACUCCCAGAGCCCAGGGCUCUUCCACAUCCAUACAGAGGAGCGAUGGAGAGGAGGAGGAGGAGGGCGGCGGCAAGGUCCACAUUCACAGCCCGCCUCAGGGCUUCAAUCUGACCAAUCAGGACUCGGGAGAACUCUCCCUCGACCGAUCAGAAGUGAGAGCGCUGAACUCUGUAGAGAAGGACCAUGGCUACUCCUCUACAGUGUCCCUGGUGGACCUGGUGAAACUCAUGCAUCCCUACUGCCUGAGGGUGUGCCUGGAUGAGGAGGGGAAGGACUGGGUCGGCACAUCCAGGCAGGAGGCCUCCUCCCUGGGGGAACGGAGCGCGGACCAGAGUGUACCCCUGGAGGGCGAGGUGUGGAGGUAUACAAAGCCUGGUUCGGAAGAGAGCGACGAGGAAAUUGAUGUGGACGGAUCAGAUGACGAGUGUCCCUCGGUAGGAGGGAUGAAGGAUGAGAAAGAGGGGGAUGGAGAACAGGGAAGUAAAGGUGAAGAAGUGAAGCAACUAAAAAGUCUACUUGUGAAGUGGGACGGGCCCAAAGAAGGCCAGAAGACCAAGAACAAAAAAAGAGUGACCUUCGGACCUGUCCGGGUGACAUCCUACGAGCUACCGGCAGCAGACGAACCUGACUUAAACGUGCUCCCGGACUUGAGCGAGCUCACCAGCCAAAUCCCCAUUUUUGACUUCAACACCAAAACAACGACCAUUUCCCUCACCACAUCCUCUCCGGAGUCUUCAGCAGCGUCUUCAAAGGACAACCAUCAUCAGGUUGUAACUGACUUGUCUGAAAGGACCGGAGAUACGUCGUCGUCGGAGCCUCCACCACAGCGAGGCGAGUCCAAGCCCAGACCGGCCCUCAGUCUCCAGCAGUACCGCCUGCUGCGCCAGCAAAGACUACCCCUGGUGGGGAAACCUGAGAAUUACACCACCAAAUGGCCCUCUCUACCCGAAACCCCCACGGAGUUGCCUCCUAUACCCUAUUUACAAGGACCUAAAUAUAACAUGUGGGGACCAACGACCACACAUCCUACACAUCAUUACCUAGGAAGUAAAACAGGGGGUGAUGUCAGUGGAUUCAAGCCUAUAUCUAAGACAAGGACGAAGAUGGUCUCUCCUGCUUGUCCCAGUAAACCUGGUAAAGCCAUUGGCAUCAAUGGAUCAAAGCCUGUUAGAAGUGGGACUAAGACUCCUCCUACCAGCUCAGCUUUAAAGCCCAAACGCAACUCAAUGGAAGCUAAAUCUGCGAAUUAUGUUGGUGUAUUAAAGCCUAUUUGGACUGAGACCAUCUCUCCUGCUAGUCCCUUACCAAGUCCCAACCUGAACUCCAACUCAGUGGCGGGUCUGGACCAGAACAGGACUAGCCCAGAAAAGAGUGCUGUUGUGGUCAGUAGCGACCCCCCAAACCCUGUCCUGGUCCCACUACCAGGAACCCGUCCAUCUUUGGAUGGAUUUGAUAGAAGCCGUGGGACCAACCAGGAGAAGCAGGAGCAGGAACAAUCUCUACCUCCAUCCACCACCCAGGAGUCUCCGGCGCCCACGCCCAAAAUGGUGUUCUGCAACCGGGAUCCAAGCCUGAAGAGCACCAGUCUCCUCCUUGAGAUCCAGCGGAGGUUCUCCACCAAACAACCAUCGCGGAAAGCACUUCACACCCAAAACACUGCAGAGACCACGAAACAAGGGGAUCAGCCUCGCUCUCUCAGCCCAGGGAAAGGAAUCGAGACAGUACCAGAAGGGUCUAAGUUUUCCCCAAGUGCACCAGUAAUGGCAAGUCCAUCGUCCAGGACCGUACCAGAAGGUUCCAAGUUUUCCCCAAGUGCACCAGUAAUGGCAAGUCCAUCGUCCAGCCCCUCAGUCCAUCCACCCACCCAUGCCGUUACUCCUUACCCAGAGAUGGAGAGGGCAAAGCGGUUAGCCCUUGGUAACCUCCCCUAUGUCCGACUGUCCACCUCUCCAGAGAGUAACACCUGCAUACAGACCACCACCUGCGGCACAGGAAUCCAAGCCACAGAUCUGACCAGCCUUCUGGAGCGGUUUGAGGAAACACAAGCCAAAGAGGAGACUGAGAGUGAACCUGAAGGCAGUCCAGAUAGGAGCCCUGUUAGAGAUGAAGAGCCGAGCAACAACACUGAAGGGAUGCUGACACUGCUGGGUGCCUAUCUCCUCAGCACCCAAGAUAAACUCUGUCUUCCAGCACCCACUGGCUUUCCAGAACUUGUCAACACACUCGAACCCCUCAGAACUCCGGAGCCCCUCAGAACUCUGGAGCCCUUCAGAACUCCGGGACCCCUCAGAACUCCGGGACCCCUCAGAACUCCGGGACCCCUCAGAACUCCGGGACCCCUCAGAACUCCGGAGCCCCUCAGAACUCCGGAGCCCCUCAGAACUCCGGGACCCCUCAGAACUCCGGAGCCCCUCAGAACUCCGGAACCCCUCAGAACUCCGGAGCCCCUCAGAACUCCGGGACCCCUCAGAACUCCGGGACCCCUCAGAACUCCGGAGCCCCUCAGAACUCCGGGACCCCUCAGAACUCCGGAACCCCUCAGAACUCUGGAACGUUGCGAUACUCAGGAACCUCUCAGCACCCAGAAUGUUCUCAGCACUCAGGAACAGGCCCCUGCACAGCCGCGCUGGAAACCACUUACCCCUGUCGCACCUCAGAGGAAGCAACCGGCGACCCCCAAACCUCUCCCUCACAAGGCCAUCCAAAUCAUCAACCCCCGUCCUCUACCACCCAAAAAGGCCCACCCCCUCCCCCCAAAGCCCCCUGUCACCCCCCCUGAGUUCCAGACACCAGUAUCUGUCUCCUCAGACCACGACUACUGUCUAUCUCAGGAUCAACCAGGCAGUAAUACUACUAUGUUAUGCAGCAAAAGACAAACCAUACUCCCCGACCAUCAACCAAUUCCCAACCCCUCCUCAGUGCCCGGCACACAGAACUCUGGGAAAUAUUUGUGGCAGCAGCAGCCGGUGGACUCCAGGACUGUUCCAGAGACACAACUUCCCUCAGACUCUGCUCCGCCAUCUACAGAGAGCUCCCCCUCUAGGACGGAUGCCAUUACUGCAGGGGAGACACAGGAAGAGAGAACCAACCCCUGCAUCCCCUCCCCUCCUUCACCCAGUCCCCCUGCCAGAGGUAGGAGGUCGUCCCGGCGCUAUCGGACAAGGUCUUCAUGCUCGGACUCUAGCUCUAGGUCCCCUUCUUCAUCGUCAUCUUCCUCAUCCUCCUCCUCUCGAUCCAGGUCUCGCUCUCCACCCCGAAAGAGGUUCUGUCCCAGGCGUUCUGAAAGCAGCUCCUCGUCCUCUUGCUCUAGCUCCGUCUCCCGUUCCCCGGUUCCCUGCCGGUACCGGCUCCCCUACCCACAGUCCUGGAACCGCUCUCGGUCCACAUCAAAGUCCUGGACUCAGUCUGGUUCCAGAUCUCGGUCCAGAUCCCCCACCACACUGGCCUACAGCAGAACCCAGAGGCGGAGGGACUGCUACAGCUCCAACAACGUCAGGGACUCCAGGAAACGAAAGAGACAACAAGAUAUGAGGAAUCAAAAACUCAAAGCCAUAGACGAGCGCAGGGUGGUGUACGUGGGCCGCAUCCAGAGGACCAUGAUGCACGCGGAGCUGAGAGAACGCUUCUCUCUGUUUGGAGAGGUGGAGGAAUGCACCCUGCACUUUAGAGACAGGGGCGACCACUACGGCUUUGUGACGUUCUACAACAUGAAAGAUGCGUUCGCAGCCAUCGAGAACGGUUACAAGCUGAGGAGACCUGACGAGCUGCCCUUUGACCUCUGCUUCGGGGGCAGGCGUCAGUUCUGCAAAUCUACGUACGCCGACCUAGAUUCUAAUCGGGAAGAGGAGGAACCCACUCCAGCGAAAAAUGAAGAGGAGGAGCUGGACUUUGACACUCUAUUGAAGCAGGCACAGAAAGGCUUGAAGCGGUAGCAGAGUCCUGGAGGAAGAGAGGGAGCCAAGAAAGGAAUGAUGGAGACAAAGUCCCAAAUGUCACCCUAUUCCCUAUAGAGGGUACUAACCUUAGGGUUCUGGUCCCAAAGCAGUGCCCUCUAUAGAAGGGAACGGGGUGUUAUUUGGGACUGAGCCAACAAGUUAGCAAGACUUACCUCAGAGCUAUACACAUGCACAUACUUUAACAUUGUAGAAAUGUUGUUUUAACUUGUAUUGGUUCACUGUUAUCAACUCAUUUUAUUUACCUUGAUAGCACAACUUUGUUGAUGCAGUAAACAUAUUUUUAAAGGAAAAAGAAUCAUAGGAAAAUGAUUAGAAUAUUGUAAAGUUGUUUUUUUGUAUUAUUAUCAUUUUUUUUAAGAAGGCUCUUUAAAUAUCUUUGUUUGCACUAAUAUUGCACUUGCAAGCUUGGCUUUACUCUUGUCUGUUACAAUGUUUAAAAAGUUGAGAUUCCCUUAGUCAUUUUAUUCCCAAUUAUGAACAUGUUCUUUAUGAAUGAAUAAAGACUAUUAUUGUGUCAUCCUGAA